AUCAUGAAAAACCAGAGUUUUGUCACUGAGUUCUUACUCUUGGGACUUUCACAGAAUCCAAAGGUUCAGAAAAUAGUAUUUGUUGCAUUUUUGUUUGUCUACAUUGCAACAGUUGGGGGCAACAUGAUAAUUGUGGUUACCAUUGUAUGUAGUCGUGUACUUCUGGGCUCCCCCAUGUACUUUUUCUUGGCAUGCUUGUCCUUUCUGGAUGCUUGCAUUUCCUCUGUCAUCACACCAAAGGUAACUGUGGACUUGCUUUAUGAGAGGAGAACCAUUUCUUUUGAAGGUUGCAUGGCACAAGUUUUUGCUGUCCACUUCUUUACUGGUGUAGAGGUGAUUGUCUUGAUAUCCAUGGCCUAUGACCGCUAUGUGGCCAUUUGUAAGCCCUUGUAUUACUCAUCUAUCAUGAACAGGAGGCUCUGUGGAAUUCUGGUAGGAAUGGCCUGGACAGGGGGCUUCUUGCAUUCUACCAUACAAAUUAUAUUCAUUAUGCAUCUGCCGUUUUGUGGCCCCAAUGUCAUCGAUCACUUCUUGUGUGACUUGUUCCCUUUACUGAAGCUUGCCUGCACUGACACACAUAUUUUUGUCAUUUUGGUGUUUGCUAACAGUGGGUCUUUCUGCAUUAUUAUUUUUUCUUUGUUGCUUAUUUCCUAUGGUGUCAUCUUGUUCACUUUGAGAACCCACAGUUCUGAAGGGAGACAUAAAGCUCUCUCAACCUGUGGGUCCCACAUUACGGUGGUAGUUUUGUUCUUUGUGCCAUGUAUAAUAAUAUAUGCAAGACCUACAUCUGCCUUCUACUCUGAAAAAAACAUGUUUUUAUUUGCUACCAUCCUGACACCAUUGCUCAAUCCUAUGAUCUACACUUUCAGGAAUAAGGAAAUGAAGAGUGCCAUAAGGAAAAUGUGGAAGAGGUUGAUACUGGAUUAUGAUAUAUCUUAA